AUGAGGAGAGGCGAUCGGAGAUCGUGCGAGCUUAGCUCCGGCGUCUCAUGGGCCGACAGAUUGCAGUGGUAUAAGAGGAAGAGGAAGGAAGAGAUCAGCGACGACUUCCAGGCGAUGGUGGCUAGAGGACCUGCGACAAUCGGGAAAGAUGUGGCGUACAAGAUGUUUGCGAUGUUUCCGUUAGCCGUCGAGCGGGUGGUGCUCUGCUGCGCCGGCGUGUGCCUCGAGGAGAGGGAUCUCGCCGAGGGCCUCUUUGUCGUUUCGAAUGCGGAUGACGCGGUGGAGAUCCUUUUGCCCCAGUCGCCGGAAAAGCUUCGUCAGCUCGUCUGGCUAUCCCUCGUCCACCCACCGCGCAUAAUGCCAUCUUGCUUCCUCCAGGACUACAUACAGGUGAUGUGCACAGUUUAUGCAAAAGAGAAGAUAGGGUUACUUCAUGCUUUAAUCUAUGAAAGAAAACACUUGGUCCUUCCAGAGAUUGCACAGCCAACCUUGAUAGUUUGGGGCGAGAAAGAUCGAAUUUUUCCUUUAGAGUUGGGUCACAGAUUAAAGAGGCAUUUAGGAGAUAGAGCUCAGCUAGUAGUCAUCAGGAAUGUUGGGCAUGCUGUUAAUCUUGAGAAGUCCAGAGAAUUUUGUGAGAAUAUAAUCAAAUUCUGCCAUGAUUCUUCCUUCAAUGAUCACAAUUUGCAGAAGUUUGAAGAAACGUUGCAUUUCUGCAACAACAGUGCUUUUUGCAAGAAAGCGUUUGCAGAGAAGAAAGCAUUUCAUUUCUGCAAGCUUUCUUUCUGCAGCAAAUUGUUUAAUCUGUUCAAAUCUCACAAAGAUCCUAGGCAAAAUCCAAUUGCUUAUUCCUCUAGUAGAAGUAAACAGAUUGUUGGCUUCGAGGUUGGCUAG